CCGGAAAAUAAAAAAAAGGGUAUCUAACAUAGAGCAUUCGCUCUGUCAGUCGGGGACGAAAAGAGUCUGAUUCAGAGACUGCUCACUCUUUGCGCGUGAGGUGCCUCGGACGCAAUGGGUCUGCUGUAUGAGAAUUCACCCCGCAUCUAGCACAGUGCUGACAGUUGAUCAUUUCAGAGCCCUCGGAACUGCGCUGGACUGGCCAGAGGCUAAGCAAAAAGCGGAUCAAGUGCGGAGAUGGGGAAUUGAGCAACUUCUGGCAACAUGGAAUAGAGCAAAGGGGAAGGAACGGGAUGCACUCCUGUGGGGAGAUGAGGUCGAAUACCUCGUCGUAGCGGUCGAUGAUAAGGCUCAGAAAGUCCGGCUUUCCCUGGCCCAAGCGGAGAUUUUGAAAUCAUUGGCCGAAGAUGAGGCGGAAUGGAAGGCAGGUGGCAGCGUACCAGGAUUGAAGAUAUCACACGAUAGCGAUGCGCUACCUCAUUUUCACCCCGAGUUCGGACGAUUCAUGCUGGAGGCUACGCCGGGAAGACCGUGGGGCAUCGAUUUCAAGGACUUGCUGAAAGUGGAAUCUAAUAUGCGCUGGAGACGAGAUAUCGCCAAAGCACACAUGGAUCCGAGUGAAUUCCCGAUUACUCUCACUACUUUCCCGAGACUUGGUACGAAGGAUGAUUACAUCGUGCCAUAUUAUCCCCCGUCAGGACCAGCUCUGCGUUCUCAGUUCGUGCCUGAUGAGAUCGCCAAUCCGCACAUUCGUUUUCCAACACUAGCAGCAAAUAUCAGGUCACGACGAGGGCGCAAAGUGGAAAUCAAUGUUCCGGUCUUCAGAGAUGAGAAUACACCGUGGCCUUUUCACGACCCAACUGUCGAUUAUGAUCUCCAUAAGUGGCCAGAAGACGAUGAUGUGCGCAACGGCGCGGCCAAAGAAAAUCAUGUCUAUAUGGACGCUAUGGCAUUCGGAAUGGGAAGCUGCUGUCUACAGAUCACUUUCCAAGCAAAGAAUAUCACAGAAGGCAGAAAGUUGUACGAUCAACUGAGCCCGCUGGGGCCCAUCAUGCUGGCAUUGACAGCAGCAACGCCUAUCUAUAAGGGAUUCCUUGUGGACACGGAUGUUCGAUGGAAUCAGAUCGGCGCAUCCGUCGAUUGCAGAACGCGAGAGGAGCUUGGAGAACUCCCCCUGAAGAACGACAGGUGGCGGAUACCCAAGUCGCGAUAUGCCUCGAACUCUACGUAUAUCUCCCAAGACCCAAGGCUCCGAAAAGAAUAUCUUGACCCGGAUCUCGUCGUGGAUGAAGAUCUCAAGAAGCGUCUGAUCGAUGGUGGCAUGGACGACCUCUUGGCAACACAUUUCGCACACCUCUUUAUCCGCGACCCUCUGGUGGUAUUUUCAGAAGACAUGAAGGAGCUCGAUUUGAAUUCCACUGAUCACUUCGAGAAUCUCCAGUCGACAAAUUGGCAGCAUAUGCGAUUUAAGCCCCCGCCACCCGAUAAGGACAUUGGCUGGCGAGUCGAGUUCCGAUCGAUGGAGAUCCAAAUAACGGACUUCGAAAAUGCUGCCUUCAGCAUCUUCAUAGUUCUCAUUACUCGCGUCAUUCUCAGCUUCGACCUUAAUUUCUAUAUUCCUAUUCAGCGUACAACAGAGAAUAUGGAGACCGCCCACGCACGUAACGCUGUGCUUGACCGGAAGUUCUAUUUCCGCAAGGAUCCAUUCCAUCACCGUGUACCAAGGUAUAACAGCAAUGGUAGCUCUGCUGCUACCCCGGCUGGGGGCUCUGCCGUCAGUACGCCACCCCCAUCUCCACCUCUCGGUCCUGUUGAGUCUGAGUACGAGCUCAUGACCAUCUCCGACAUCAUCAACGGGUCGGAAGAUGGCACAUUCCCGGGUCUUAUUCCUCUGGUUGAGUCGUACCUGAACAGCGUCAAUGUGGAUGUCGAGACGCGGUGUGCCCUAGCACGAUACCUUGACUUUAUCCGAAAGCGCGCCGACGGUACUCUUUGGACUGGUGCUCGCUGGAUUCGGGAGUUCGUUGCGACGCAUCCUGAAUACAAACAUGACAGCGCAGUCUCCGAGAAGAUCUGUUACGAUCUUGUCGAAGCGGUUAAGGAAAUGACGUAUAAAGAAGGCGAAAAUGGAACUGUUGGGUGGGAGAUGCUGAGCGGUCGAAAACCGUGACUUGGACACAUCUCACGACACAUGCCUUCAUUUUUCAGUUAAAAUCAUACUAUAGAAGGCGAUUGGCAACUGCUUGGAUAUGUCACUUUUAUGAUACUAGCGCAUUUACACAUAUUG